AGCCCAGAAUAUGCAUGUUUGGCAAUAUUGGUUGCACAUCAUUUUUCUAACCUAAAAUCAAUCGCAGUAAUAAAUAUGUUUGUAACAACAGAUUGUGCUCUUAUUAUUUUCUAGUUCUAAUAAUUAUUAACAAUUAAGAAUUAUUAAAUAAACGCGUGGCGAGAUUCACUUAGGACAGAUAUAAUAAUCAAACAAAGAAAAACAAAUAUUUUAAUUGUCAUAAGAAUAAAUAGUGCGGUAUUUAUACUGGCGUAUUCAAGAAGACAGAUAAAGACUCAUACAAUUUAACAUUUUGUGCUAUAAAACUCUAAGGAAGAGUUGAAGGCACACCAUAAUCAAAGUGGCAAUAUUCCUCUAUCUAGAGGAUAACCUUAAAAAAAAAAAAAACAAACAUACAAUUUAUAUGUGAAUUAAUACAAUAAUAGAGUUAUUUAUCUAAUUAUUACUAUCAUGGAAUGACCAAUUGUCAGAAAGUUUAAAUCGUAAAACAUGAGUGCUGAGGAAAGGCUUGUUACCGAGGUGCCUAGUAGCUUGAAACAACUGGCACGUCUUGUUGUACGUGGAUUUUACACAAUAGAGGAUGCUUUAAUUGUGGAUAUGUUGGUUAGGAAUCCAUGUAUGAAAGAAGAUGACAUUUGUGAAUUACUAAAGUUUGAACGCAAAAUGUUAAGAGCCAGGAUAUCAACGUUAAAAAAUGAUAAAUUUAUACAAGUAAUUAAAAUGGAAACAGGGUCAGAUGGUAAAGCACAAAAGGUCAACUAUUACUUCAUCAAUUACAAAACUUUUGUUAAUGUGGUAAAGUACAAACUUGAUUUAAUGAGAAAGAGAAUGGAAACUGAAGAAAGAGAUGCAACUAGUAGAGCUAGUUUUAAAUGUCCAUGCUGUCUAAAAACAUUCACUGAUCUUGAAGCGGAUCAGCUUUUUGACAUGAGAACCAGUGAAUUCAGAUGUACACAUUGUCGAGAGAUAGUGGAAGAGGAUCAAUCUGCUCUUCCAAAAAAGGAUUCCAGAUUGUUAUUAGCAAAGUUCAAUGAGCAAUUGGAGCCACUUUAUAUACUAUUAAGAGAAGUAGAAGGAAUCAAAUUGGCGCCUGAAAUAUUGGAACCGGAACCCGUUGAUAUUAAUAUUAUUCGAGGCAUCGACACGAGAAAACCAAGCAGUCUUAGAGCACCUAGUGAACAAUGGUCGGGUGAAGCUACUAGAAUGUCGGGCUUUAUGGUCGAGGAUACCAGAGUGGAUGUUACUAUUGGAGAUGAAUCUCCUGAUGACAAUAUAGCGAAUCAUAGAAAGGAAAGACCUAUAUGGAUGAUAGAAAGUACAGUCCACAAUGCUGAUGGUUCACAGCCUGACGUGAACACACAAGAAAGUAUCUUGGAUAAAGCUGCAGCCACUGCUACAAAUACAUCCACGACAAAUAAUAAACAGGGCGAAGAUAUCAUGUCGGUAUUGCUGGCUCAUGAAAAGAAAGGUGGCACCAAUUCUACCACAUCCAUCAAAGCAGUGCUUCCACAGGAAUCUAGUGACAGCAGCGACAAUGAGGAAGAAAUGGAAAUGCAAGCUAUUGACACCGGUGAGAUAGACGCGGCGGAUUCCGAGGAUGACGAACUCAUACCUACCGUCAGUGUUAACGGUAAGACUGUUGCGAUCACUGACGUUAAUGAUACCUUGAUCGCGGAAAUGACGCCCAUAGAAAAAGAAGCUUACAUCCAAACGUAUCAGGAAUAUUACUCACAUAUGUAUGACUAGAUAAAGAACAACUAUCAUCAUCUUCAUAAUGUUCCGCAUAAGACUGAAAUCCACUUCGGUAUCGUUCUCUGUAAUAUUCUGCAUGAAGACAAAAUAUAUAAUUUUUAAGAAUG